GAUCCACGUUCCCAUGUUUGAAGGAACUCGCCCUUGGACAAAAUCGCAUUAAUGUUAUAUCGAAGUUUUCAUCACGUAACUCUGGAAUUCGACGUGUCAUCUUGAGCAAUAACGCCGUCACCGAUAUAAUGCCGGGAGCUUUCAAGCUACUCGGCAAGCUGACCAAGCUGGACCUAAAAAAUAAUAGUAUUUCAUUCUUAAACGACUCCUAUUUUGCUCAUGAUUCCAUUCUUGAACACAUAGACUUUUCUAUGAAUAAGGUAACGACGCUUUCGAACGUAUUCAAUAGGACACGAAUGAUUAAAGUAAUGAAACUAUCGUUCAACCAGAUUCUGGACAUCAGCGUUGCCUUCAUUGGACUGACAAAACUUCGUGAGCUCUAUUUGAAGGGCAAUUUAAUUUCAAGCAUUGAGCAUCGCACGUUUCAAGACAACAUUCGCCUAAUACACAUCGACUUGGCUUCAAACAAUAUCAGGUGGAUUGCAAAGAACGCAUUUGAAGGCCUUUUGUCUUUAAGAAGAUUGCACCUGGACAGAAACCUACUGCUUUCCCUCAACGGUUCAAUAAGAAAUCUGCCCCAAUUGCAAUAUCUGGGUGCUGCGUUUAACGAGAUAUCGAGCUUGGAAAAAUGGGAGUUUGGCAGUACCAGUGCUUUGACUGCCAUUUGUCUCCAGGCGAACAACAUCACCAACGUGGAAGGGGCUUUCAUCGGUGUGACUGGCCUGCUUUCCUUGAACCUAGGCGAUAAUCAAGUGGAGCUCCUCCGAAGAAGUGAUUUUGCGCUGGAAAUCUCGGGCGCUCUGGCUGUGACUAUUUACAACAACCCUUUGAUCUGCGACUGCAGGUUGGCUUGGCUUAUCAAAGCGGACAGUGAGAUCCGGACAACAAGAAUGACAACAUGCAUGCAGCCAUGGUGGCUUAAAGGAAAGCAACUGCGCGAAUUAGCGCAGGAAGAUUUCUUCAGGUGGGAGGAUGGAUGCGACCCUGGAUGUCAUUGCAGAUGCAAUGAUGAAUCUCUCGAUAGGCGAGAAAUUGAUGCGAACUGCUCGUCGGCGACUAUCGGCAGGAUUCCGAACGUGUUGCCGGACGGCACCAUACGACUGGACCUGAGCGGAAACGAACUGGGAUACUUGGACGGCACUGUCAAAAAAGCAGCUCCUCAUCUCGAAGUGCUGUCGCUAAACAACAACGCCUUGUCUCGUCUAAACGUGUCCUCUAUUCCAGAGAAAGUGCAUUCCCUCGACUUACGCGGCAAUAAGCUGAACCGUUUACCGUACUCGCUGGUGACACAACUGAACCUCAGCUCCAUCUGGCUGUCUGGCAACCGCUAUGCCUGCGAGUGCGUGGACUACAGGUUUAGACAGUGGAUUCAAGCUCAUGGCAACGUGGUUCCGGAUGCCAGAAACAUCAUGUGUGCAAGAAACUCCAACCAUCUCGUGUCUCAAAAGAAAUUCGUUACGUUGGGACAGAAAGACCUCUGCCCGCCCGUGAUACCAAGAGGAGUGGUGUACCUCCUGCUCGUUUUCGGUAUCCUGGCGAUCAUAUUAGCGCUGUCGGCCGCUUAUCUACGCUACAAGCAGGCACUGAAGAUAUGGCUACGCGGUCGUGGCGUGUGCGGUUUGGCGUGGGGCGCCGCGGAGGACGAGCUGGACACGGAUAAGCUGUUUGAUGUGUUCGUGUCGUUCAGCAGCAAAGACGCCGACUGGAUACACGAAGAAAUCAUUCCGCGACUGGAGGCCAACGGCUUCUCCUGCUGCACUUACGAGCGCAAUUUCAAGGGCGGCUUCCUUCUGCAGGACAUCAUUCACGAUGCUGUGGCGUGCUCACGACGGACUCUUCUUGUUCUCACGCAGAACUUCUUGGAGAGUGACUGGUGCCGCUUGGAGUUCCGGUUGGCACACCAGCGUGCUCUGCUGGACAACGUCAAUCGACUUGUCAUUGUCGUUGUGGACGAGCUAGUGCCUGGUACAAUUGAUGAAGACCUGCAGCUGUAUCUGCGUGCAGCGAACUACCUGCGUUGGGGUGAGCCGAACUUCUGGGACAGGCUGCUGCACUCGCUGCCCACGAAAGAAGCUAAUAGAAAGCUCAUCAUCGAGGGAGUGCCAUCGCAGCUGACCGCAAACAGCACUGGCGACAUUGAGCUUGAAUAGCUUUUUAGCUGCAACCAUAGAAUUAAGAGAGAGGAUAAAAGGAAACGAUGCACAUUACAAAGUAAUGCAGUGUCAUUUUUGUCAUCGCGAAUACUGAUCAGCGAAAAUCAUAAGCACCGCGCAUCUGCGUAUCGCACGAGCCAUGACGCACGCGCUCUCGUUCUGGAUCCGGCUUGCCGCAGCCACCGCGAAGUAUUCCGCCUUCACUUAUUUUCAGAAAAAAAUUUAGGAAUUGUUGCAGGUUGCUUUAGCCGCCAUCACGAAUUCUUGCUAUGUGGACCAAGUAUAAUGCGCCGUUCGCCGAGCAGACCACUGCCAUGAAUCCUUCGCAGUUAUACCCGCUGCUUCCACUGUUUUGGAUUAGAGGGCUGCUCGAACAGAUGGACGUCAUCGUGGAGCUGAAUGGGGUUAGUGCAUAAAACGUGAAACACGCCAUCCUUGUGAACACCCUCGCGUGCAAAAUUCAUCAAGUUUUUGUCGUCCCAUCCGACAGCCCACUACUCUACGAUGAUCUGCGCCCUGCGGUGCUGGACUAUUAUGGUUCCCGGUACCUCCCGCUUCCAGAGCUCGACCAUGCGGUACCACACCUGCCACCACCAACCCCUUCGGCGUCCAUCGCCUCAGGUGUAGCACCGACCGCCUCUCUUAUUGUGCCAUCGCACCACGUCGAGCCGCACCAGCUUGCUUCGGCUAAUGCUACAUUGAUGGAGAUAUGCGCUACUCCGGAGUCCUUCGCCCGUGUCUCUGACGCACUGAGUCCGUCAUAAAAGCCUGCGCGCCCUUUUUACGUCCGGGGAAGUUCUAAUUUGAGUUGCCUGCCGUCUAUACGGCUUUCUUUCCGCCGGCGAUGGUCCGCGGCAGCGGUAAGACCGCAGACCCAGAGUGAGCCCCUGCGCCGCCUUUGCUUGUGUCUACAGCCGUGCUUAUGCCUGCCCACCAUCCGAGAUCCAAAAAUACUGGAAGUUGUGGCACCCACUAAGGUAGUGCUGGUGCCAUCGAUGAGACCCUCGCGUCGCCCUUCUAGCCCUGCCAUGGUCUGGUACCCUUCCACCAAAAAGAACAUUGUGCCCUACUGUGCAGUAGUGUCGUGCGUGCAACCAUAGGCACGGAUAGAUUGUGCCUCUGCUUGUUCCACUUUACUUCUGCUGGUCGUAUGUACGGCUAUGUCCGCUUCAGACCAACACGUCGGCCUCGCCAGAUCGUGCGUAGAGCGUGCCUUUGUUGCUGCCCUCAUCCACUAUGCUUAUUUCACAUUCGUCUCCGAGGGGAUUCACAACCUCAACCGCUGCCCACACGUUGAUGACUCGGAUUGACAGCCAACCUUGUCCAUCCGCAAUUUCAGCUUUAUUUAGACUUCAGCUCUGUGGGGGAAGCCAUCUGUAGCGUCAUCUGUAUCAUCGCGAGAGCUCAACUGCCACAAUCACAAGCGCAAUAAACCCGCCGAUGUUGUUUGGGCGUUUUCGCUAUUAAGCAAGGGGCCGGGGGAUCAAAUAUCGGUGGGAGUGGUUACGCCUCCAUGGCGUCGGAAUAGAAAAACACUCGUGUACCGUCACAGGCAGCGCGGUAAAGACCCCCUGGGGACAAGCUGUCCCUCACAUCGGCACGCCUCAUAAUCAUAAUGUAGUAAUGGCACGUAUAACCCGGAAUUUUAUUAAUCAGCGCCGUGUGUCUGCAUGUGGCGCGAGAAACGUGAAACGCGCUCUAGUUCUGCACCGGGCUAAUCGCCGCAGCCGCCCCUACGCUCUCGGCAUUCAACUUUGUUCCCAAAUAAACGCAGGCAACCAGAGCCGGUUUCUGCGCCGGGGCUCAGCGAGUCAGCCUCCAACCUGUCGCCUGGCGUUCGCCCAGUGAUCGAUCUGUCCGCAUUAUUUGGUGGGCCAGCGUCGAGUAUGCGCCAUGCCAAAAGAUUUCAUUGGCCGCGCCUACAUUUCAGCCAUGUUAUCCGCGAAAUUAUGUAGUCCACGUCCUCUCUUUAUUAUCAUUUCCCGCAGUAGCUCGUAAAAUCAGUACAUUGCUUGUCCUCGCUUUGUGGGUCUUUUGGCAUUACAGCUCUCUACAUAAAAAAUUAGUAGUCGGAUAUAUAUCCCCCCGAUCAGAAUUCUUUUUAGGUGGGCAAAUUAUUGUGCACCCGAAGGCUUACAUACUGCUCUAGAUGGGGAGAAUAUGUGCGAAGGAAAACUUAUCGUCGUCAAUGCUUAGAGUAAUUAUACAUGAGCAAGUCUAAUCAACAACCCGUAUUCAGAUAUUUCUUGGUCUGAAGACCACAGUAGGCGCAAUAAGCACAUUUUUGCCGAAUCAAUCUCAGCAGGAGAGACGCGAACUACUUUAGGUGCAGAAUUAGGUCGACAUACUCGCUCGUAUGCUGUGCCUUUUAAUUUUGAGAGCGACGUCCCGACACAAUUGAAUGAGAAAGGAACAAAUACAGGAAGCCAAGCUUCGAGUUUGUUUUACUUAUAAUUAAUAACCACAAGAAAGUAUAGUACAAGUAAUGACACAUUUGGCCGAAUCCAACCUAAAAAUGGCGUUUUUCUCAGAAUAACUGAAAUGUUCCAAUACCUUGGGAUCUUACGUACGCAAAUUUGCCUAGUUGCUUGGCGACUUCCAAUAUGUCGCGGUAAAUGACUUUUCUAAUUUGCAACGCUCAAAUCACUGUCAGUUACCUAGGAAAUAAAUAAAUGCCCGCUUUGCCUGUAUAAGCUGUCAGUCUAAAGCUAUUUAUCUCCAUAUAACAUUCCCAUUGUCACGUGAUUUCUCGGACGUGUUGAUAGCUUUAGCUUAUUUGAUGCUUUUUAAUGAGUACUCUUGCACAUGUCUUAUGCUGCUGUUUGGUGUGGCUGUUCUCGUGCUUCGAACAAGUUCAAGUCGCUUUUCGUGGCUUUUCGUUCUGAUGCCCCUGUGCAUGUUUUGUCACGAGAAUAAAUAAACUUCAAUCCUGCACCUGC